CCACGUUUCUUUAUUUCGUAGGUUUGAGGGGUCCGAUGCUGAUGGCAAAUUACAAGCGCAAAAUAUAAGCAGUUGAUCUUCACGGAACGUAACUUGCCCUCGCGGAUUUCGCGUAGGACAGCUUACAUUUUCGUCAAGCCUUGUGCUUUGCGUGUUUGUUCGAAAUCUUAUUUAAGAGCGUAAGGCAGUAGUGGACGCUGGAGAGGUUGGUGAAUAUGGGGUACCCUAGAACUGUGGGGCUGGUCGCUUGUGUGAUCGUGCUUGCGGUAGUAGCAGAUAAAGCCUACGGAAAAGUGGUUGAAGAAAAGAAGAAACUGGUCGUGCCUUUGACUGCAAAAAAGGGUGGUGACGCCGUCUCCCCACCGAAGCAGGCGCUAGGAAAACCACCUAGCUUUAGCUUCCCUCAAGCUCCCGGCCCCAUCCCUACCAUCACAUUGCCGAAGGGUCCAUGGAAAGGAAUUUACCUCGUGUACCCGCCGAUCGACCUUAGACUGGCUCCGACAAAAGUCAAGUGGGAUACGCUGUAAAGAAUUCUGGAGAUGUUGAAACUGCAUCGCAACUGAUUGCAGAUGGAUGAUACUGAAUUUCUAGGACAAUGAUGUGUUCAUCUCCGAUCCGCCGAAAAUAGAAAACCUGUUCAUGAUGUUCCUUUUUCUGUCUUGAGCUGCAAUAAACUUGGCCAAAAUAUUUU